AUGGUUGCCAGCUCCUACACCUCCAGCCCAAGAAGAUCAUACAACCCUGCCGGUAGCUCCACCUCCUCCUCUCCCACCGACAGAAAAUCAUCCGACAGCAAUAGUAUUAACAAUUCAUCAUCAUCAUUAUUGGCGUCAACCUCGUCGAGAUCCUCGAGGGCUCCAGCUAAUCAGCUUCCCAUUGUUAUUCCUAUUCACUCUGGUAAAAAUUUGUGGAAACUGUAUUUUCCUUGUGAAGAACAAACAACUAAUGCUGAUUCUAUUGAAAAUAUCAAAUGCUUUCAAGCUUAUAUAGAAAGAAAUAGAAGUACAUUUGAUUUGGAAAAAAUUGAUCAGACCCGCAGUGUGUCUUUGGACAUGCAAAAUCUAUUAAGUGAUGAUGAGUUUAAAACCAAAUGGUCUACUUUUCAAAAUGACUUGUUUGAGAAUCCUGAUACAACUUUACGAAUUUUAGAAUUUUGUUUACAUGAGGCACUAAAAUGUGAAUCUCGUAUAAAAGUCAGAAUAUUAAACCAUGAACCAGUCAUUCCAAUUGCUAACUUAAAAGUUAAUUAUUUUGGUAAACUAGUAACUAUAAAAGGUACUGUUAUAAGAGUAGGUAGCAUAGGUCUCAUAUGCAGUUCUAUGGCUUUUGAAUGUUCUAGUUGCCAUAGUAUUCAAGCUGUGAUGCAACCUCAAGGUAUAUUUACAGCUCCAAAUUUUUGCCAAAAUUGUAAAAGUGGACAUAAAUUUGAACCUUUACAGUCUUCACCUUUUACAAAUACAACUGACUGGCAAAUAGCUAAGAUACAAGAAAUUCAGUCGCAGAGCAUUUCUGGAACUAUACCUAGAACAGUUGAAAUAGAACUUCAGGGUGACCUCGUAGGCAGUGCUUGUCCUGGAGAUGUACUUUCUGUGACUGGUAUUGUACAGGUUCGUGGUGAAAGCAAAGGUGGUGAAGAUGGAAGGAGAGCCGCUAGACUUUUGCAACUUUAUGUAGAAGCUGUUUCUAUACACAGUCAGAGAAAUCUAAGCAACCCUACAUUAUCUUUCACUUUGAAGGACUACUAUGCAAUACAGGAAAUACAUGCUUCAGAAAAUGUCUUCAGACUUCUAGUACAUUCUCUUUGUCCAACUAUAUUUGGACAUGAGAUGGUUAAAGCCGGCCUUAUACUAGGAUUGUUUGGUGGAACAGAAACUGAAAAUGGUGUUCGGCCCAACCCUCAUGUGCUAAUAGUUGGAGAUCCUGGCCUAGGGAAAUCACAACUAUUGCAAGCCGCUGCACAUGCUGCUCCGAGAGGUGUGUACGUGUGCGGCGCGGCGGCGUCGGCGGGCGGGCUGACGGUGGCGCUGGGCCGCGACGCGGGCGGCGGCGCGGCGCUGGAGGCCGGCGCGCUGGUGCUGGCCGACCGCGGCGUGUGCUGCGUCGACGAGCUGGACAAGAUGAGCGCGCACCACAGCAGCCUGCUGGAGGCGAUGGAGCAGCAGCGCGUGAGCGUGGCCAAGGGCGGCGUGGUGUGCAGCCUGGCCGCGCGCGCCACGCUGCUCGCCGCCGCCAACCCCGCCGCCGGCUCUUAUAACCGGGCAAAAACAGUAGCAGAAAAUUUAAAACUAAACUCUGCACUUCUAUCGAGAUUUGAUUUAGUUUUUAUCUUACUAGAUUUGCCAGAUGAGAAAAUAGAUGCGAUGCUGUCUGAACAUGUGUUAGCCUUACAUUCUGGUUCAAAGAAUAAACGUAAAGGAGAUGCAUCUACAAGUUAUAAUAAUCCCAAUAUACUAUCUAGUCAGCCUGAGAGUGACAUUCCUUUAAGCAAAAGAUUACGACUGAAACCAGGUGAGGUCAUUGAUCAUUUACCAUUAGUUUUACUUAGAAAAUACAUUGCAUAUGCUAGAAGAUACGUUCAUCCCAAGUUAAGUACUGAAGCUGCGAAUAUCUUGAAAGAUUUCUACUUGGAACUUCGUCAUCAGCACCAGGGGAUUUCAAAUGAAGGAGCCUCGAUCACUACUAGGCAGUUGGAGGCGUGUAUUAGACUUACACAGGCUAGAGCGAGGGUAGAUUUAAGAGAAGAGGCGACAGCUGAGGACGCCAGAGACGUCAUCGGUCUUAUGAAACACAGCCUUAUGGAUACGUUCAGUGACGAAUUCGGAAAUAUACAAUUAUCGCGUUCUAUAAACGGAUCUGGUCUUAGUUCAAGAAAUAAGGUCAAACGAUUUUUAGAUCUGUUGAGUCGGCGAUCGCAUCAACUAGGAAAAGACAUUUUCACAAGACAGGAGUUGAUACAAAUACACAAAUCAGCGGGCAUCGCUGGCGAUCCAAAUGAUCUGAUAGAAGCUAUGCACAUUCAUUCCUAUUUACUUCUCAAAGGGUCCAAUACAUAUCAAUUAAUAGCUUUU